UUUUUAUAACAAUUUUUUUUCGGUUACACACUCCAACAAGGCUCCGAGGAAGAAAAACUGUUCCCAGAAGAAAGGCACCUGAAUUGACUCCUGUCUUGUCUUCCUCAACCUUCAAACUUGUGAUUUUCUUGCUACAACAGCAAGGGAUAAGAACCAUAUUAUAGCCAUAUUCCUUGGCUUCAAUUCCCUCUGGACUAUUCGAAAAUCGGGUUUUUUGGUGAUAAUAAAACAUGAGAAGUAUUGGGCGUUGUUACAGUGAACAUGCCAUCAAAGUAGCAGAUUCAUACUGUUCAGGGCCGUCAGAUCUUUCUCCUGAUGACUUGGUUCCUUCGAUCCAGACCGCUGUUUCUUCCCGGUACGAGGUAAAACUCUCGACAGAGAAGAGAUUCUUGAUUAAGAUCACAUGGGGCAGCCUAGCAAGCCGGGGGUUUUCGAUCAGUAUUUCCGACUGGCCGUGUUCGUCUUCGUCUUUCAAGAAUUCCGGGAAGAUAGAGAAGAUCAAAGGGUCAAAAGCCAUCGAAUCGUGCAGCUCGAGAAGUGAAGUUUUCUGGGAUUUGUCGAAUGCUACGUAUGAUGCCGGGCCUGAACCAGUCAAAGGGUUUUACAUCCUGGUACUGAUCAACUCAGAAAUAGCCCUGUUUCACGGAGACAAGGACGAGGAAUCAAACGCCAAGAGAUGCUGCGAUUCUGACGCGAAGGUGGCGAAACAAUCGUUGAUUUCACGGUGCGAGUAUUUCUCUGCAGGGAGGUGUGUUUUCUCGGGCAGGGCACGGUUCGGCGAGGGAGGGACGAGCCAUGAUAUUACGAUCAGGUGCGCGAGAGAAGGGAAGGGAUUGAAGAACUGGGCGCUGUGGGUGGGUGUUGAUGAUAAGAGGGAUGUGAUUCAGGUGAAGAGGUUGCAGUGGAACUUCCGAGGAAACCAGACAAUUUUCUUGGACGGAUUGUUGGUGGACAUGAUGUGGGAUGUUCAUGGGUGGUUGUUCGACGAGACAUCAGACGGUGGCGGCGGGGGUGCGGUGUUCAUGUUUAGGACUAGAAGGGGACUGGACAGCAGGUUGUGGUUAGAGGAGAAGAAUUUGGAGCAGAAAGAAGAGGAAAAUGUUGGGUUCUCUUUGUUGAUUAUUGCAGCUCGUAAGAAUCCUGAUGACUAGUUUCUUUCUUGUGUUUCCACCUGUUUUUUUCUCCAAAAAAAAUAUAAUGGAGUUUGGUGGGUGCAGGGUUGAGAUUGUCCAUGAUCCAUGUUUUCUUUUAUGGAUUGAUAUUUACUAAGAAAAAAUUGGUUUGUUAAUU